AUGCGACGGGGGCGGGGGCAGGGAGGUGAGGCUGAGAAUAUCAAUUAUACUCUCAACGAUAAUAUCAAAGCAGCUGCUGGUCUGAAGUUUGAUUUAUCAAAAAUUUUAACAUCAGAACAACAUGAAAUUUUUAAAAAAUAUCAAGAAGGAGCAAAUGUUACGGAAGAAGGAUCGUUUUUUGGUUUUCUUACAAUGAUUGGUCAUUUUUGUGGUUCCGGUAAAUCAAAUACUAUUCGUGUAAUUAAAGAAGCAAUUAUGAAAGUUGAAAAGAUGUUCCCAAAUGUUUAUUUCAAACCAGUCAGGAUCGCAGAACAAGAGCAAGAAGCAUCUUCUGUCAUAUCGGAUUUAUCGUUAUUAGGGCUUAGAAAACAUUUAGCAUCACAAAACAAAAUACUGAUACAUGAUGAAGCAGAUAAUGUGUUGCACGGAUAUGGAGUAUUUGAUAGUGGAAACGCAAAAUAUUCUGCUGAAGCUGCAUUAAUCAUAAAAGCGUUUGACGGCAUCCGAGAUGAAACUCGAUCAACUGGCUCAAUGAGUGUUACAAUUACCCGUGCCAAAAUGUCAAUGCUCGUAGCAACCGUUGGAGCAAAGUACAACAAGCUUCUCAAGUGCUGGGCAACAGUUAAUGGUGGCUUGGAAGGUUUACAUAAUCGAAUGAUAUAUCAAGUGCUUCCUUCAGUUGAGCCUACACGUCCACAGGAGCAAGUUUAA